UUUCCUUGCCUUUUUAUUCCAACCUCUCUAGGGCAGUGGGCAGCCCAUUGGUCAUGGAUCCCAACAGCAUCUGCAGAAAGACCAAGCGGUUGGCUGGCAAACAGGCUGAGCUUUGUCAGACGGAGCCUGAGAUUGUGCAGGAGGUGGCCAAGGGUGCCAAGCUGGGUGUGCGUGAAUGCCAGUACCAAUUCCGCUUUCGCCGCUGGAACUGCACCAGUCACAGCAAAUAUUUUGGCAAGAUUUUGCAGCAAGAUAUCCGUGAGACAGCCUUUGUCUAUGCCAUUACAGCGGCUGGUGUGAGCCAUGCGGUGACCCAGGCCUGCAGCAUGGGCGAGCUGCUGCAGUGCGGCUGCGAGGCAACCCGGAGCCGAGGCCCUCCUCUCCCCCCUGCCCUGACAGGCUCAGAAGGCUCUGCUUGGGAGUGGGGUGGCUGUGGGGAUGAUGUUGACUUUGGCUACGAGAAGUCCCGCCAGUUCAUGGAUGCUAAGCGCAAACGUGGCAAGAGUGACAUCCGAACCCUUAUAGACCUGCACAACAACGAAGCAGGACGUCUGGCAGUGAAGGACCACAUGCGGACAGAGUGCAAGUGUCAUGGACUUUCAGGUUCCUGUGCCCUACGUACCUGCUGGAAAAAGAUGCCCCCUUUCCGGGAGGUGGGAGACCGCUUGCUUGAACGUUUUAAUGGGGCUUUCAAAGUAAUGGGGGGUAAUGACGGCAAAACACUCAUUCCUGUGGGCCGGAACAUCAAGCCACCAGACCGACAGGACCUCAUCUACUCUGCCGACUCACCUGAUUUCUGUGUUGCUAACCGCAAGACAGGUUCAUUGGGCACACGUGGGCGGGUAUGUAACAGCACUGCCCUGGACAUGAGUGGAUGUGACUUGCUGUGCUGUGGACGUGGUCACCGGGAUGAGACACUGCUGCUGGAAGAGAACUGCCUUUGCCGUUUUCACUGGUGCUGUGUGGUGCAAUGCCGGAAGUGCACAGUGCGCAAAGAGCUCAGCCUGUGCAUUUGAAGAACCAAAGGGAGGACACUAGACAUGGAUGGCACAGGUUGCACAGAAGAAGAAUGUACUCCACCAGCCACGAAUCCCAGAAACAGCAAAUGUCAUCGAGCCCUGAUGGGGAUGAGCGGAAUAAAACUGGCCUAGGUUGGAGCCACAGAGCAGCCAGGAAGAAAUCCCAGGAACAGAUCCUAGAUGCAGGCCAACUUGGAAUCACAGAAAAGAUUGUAUCCAAGUUCUUGAGGUCCAGCACAGUCCCCAGCACUUGAUUAUAGCCCCUUGUCAGUGCCAAGCUAUGGGACCCCAAAGGCCCCCACACACCCUGUUUGCUUACCUAGACAUGAACUCCUGAAAAGAAAAAUGGUAAUUGUGUUACCUGAUAUUCUCUCACAGCCAGCUCAUGCAGCUUGGCUCUAUGUAGGUUUCUCUGCCCUUGGGUCACGCACAGAUUGCCUGGAGGGGUGUGUUGAGCCUCAUGUAUUAAUGGACCUUUACUAUGUCUGAGAGAAGAGCUGAGAUUUCCAGACUAGUCACUCCUAUGGUUGCCUUGCUUCCCAUCAACUUGGGCUGCCGUUUCUCUCUACAUUAAUAAAGUUAUUUAAACUAGCAGCGCCUCUUUUCCAAUGUUGAAAAAUGAAGUGUUAAGUGCAUUAAAUAAACAUUAGUAACUUAAUUACUCACUGAGUGAUAUAAAGGUGGGGUUUUCCUACCAUUACAGGUUCUUUAGAAAAUCAUGGGAGCAUGUCCUAAAGUGUGAGGAAAUUAUCUGUGUUAGAGACUAAGAUAACAGUGUUUAUUGCAAACAGAAAUUAACUCCUAUGGAGCUACAGGCACAGGGGUUGAAUGGUGAUGUAUUUAGUGUCAAGAAGGGCUGGAUAGGGCUUGGGAUAAUUUACUGUAAGUUUUGUACAGAGCUUGGGGAGGUUAUUUCUUUUUAGAUUCAAGUGGCCAAGAUGAUUAGGAGCUAUAGUCCAAAAAGUGCGUUUAUUUUAUGUAUUUACCUUUAAAUUCAUAUCAGCAAAAUCAGGUAAGUUUGAUUCCUUAACAUUAGCACAGCAAAAAAGGACAAAUACCUGAAUGUAUGCAUUUUCUCUUCUUAGGCUCAGUUCAACACAAUGUCUUUGAGUAGUUAUAGUCAACUCACAGUAAGAUCUGAAAAGACUCUAGAGCAGGCAUGAGCAAACCUCAGCCAUCCAGGUAUUUGAACUCCAAAUAUUCCUAACAGCCUCAGGCCCCUUCCUUUCCCCCCUCAGUUACUUAAG